AUGGUGUUCAUUGUAAGUAUUUUUUAUCGAUUUCUCGACUGGCUUCGGUCCCUCUUUUUUAAGCAGGAAAUGGAACUUACCAUUGUAGGUAUCCAAAAUGCUGGAAAAACCACGCUUCUUAAUAUGAUAACAGUAAGCACCAUUCUGAACGGUGUAUUUAAUGAAGAUAUGAUUCCCACAAUAGGAUUUAACAUGAGGAAGAUCACAAAGGGAGGCAUAAUCAUCAAGAUGUGGGACAUUGGUGGCCAGCCAAGGUUUAGAUCCAUGUGGGAGCGAUAUUGUCGUAACGUCAAUGCCAUUUUGUAA